UGUGGCUCGACAGCGGGCACCGCGUCAUCUGGCAAGGCAGUGGGCUCCGAGUCAACAGGCACGACAGUGGGCACCGGGUCAUCAGGUACCGGAUUGUCUGGCUCGACAGCGGGCAUCGGGUCACCAGGUAUGACAGCGGGCACUGGGUCACCAGGCAUUAGGUCAUUUGGCUCGUCAGCGGGCACCACGCCAUCUGGCAAGGCAGUGGGCUCCGAGUCAACUGGUAUGACCGCGGGCACUGGGUCAGACAUUGGAUCGUCUGACUGGACAGCGGGCAUCGGGUCACCAGGCAUCAGGUCAUUUGGCUCGACAGCGGGCACCGCGUCAUCUGGCAAGGCAGUGGGCUCCGAGUCAACAGGCACGACAGUGGGCACCGGGUCAUCAGGUACCGGAUUGUCUGGCUCGACAGCGGGCAUCGGGUCACCAGGCAUCAGGUCAUUUGGCUCGACAGCGGGCACCGCGUCAUCUGGCAAGGCAGUGGGCUCCGAGUCAACAGGCACGACAGUGGGCACCGGGUCAUCAGGUACCGGAUUGUCUGGCUCGACAGCGGCAUCGGGUCACCAGGCAUCAGGUCAUUUGGCUUGCCAGCGGGCACCGCGUCAUCUGGCAAGGCAGUGGGCACCGGGUCACCAGGCAUUGGAUCGUCUGGCUGGAUCAGUUCAUCAUGCUGGGUAGAGGCAUCAGGCUGAAUGCCGGCGUCCGGCUGAGUAGAGACUUCAGGCUGAACCACGGAAGGCAGGUUCACCGGUUUGGAUACUGGCAGGA